CCUGGUAGUUCAGAUCGAUGCCACAUCUGAAAUAAAAAAUUGUGAAUUCUUUCAUUUAGCUCAAAGAGCAAUAGUCGUGUCCACUUUGUCAGUACUGAAUAAUCUGGCAAGAGACAAACAAUUAUCGGGCUUUAUGAUGCAUUUACUCAUAGUUUCAACGCCGCCUUAGGCAGCAUCCGCCUAUUUAAGUCUAUGUCAAGCUUCGCCGAUUUAUGCAAGGCAUGGCAACACCAUUUUGUGUUUCUUCAUCGCGCAUCAGAUUACCAGCUAUAUUAGUUUGUUAGUUGACAAUCACUGAAGUAUAAGUGCGCAGUCUUGCUCGAAGGCCGAAGAAGAUGUCCAAACAUACGGGUUUUCUAUGACGGCAUGCUUCUUGCACUAUUAAGGUCUGCAUCUGCUCUUAACCGGCACUUAGUAACUCGACUUCGAAAAGCCACAUUGCGAUUCAAAAUGGAGAAUGUAAACCCAAAGUCCAUCAACAAAAGAAAUUUCACGAUCAUUGUUGAAGGAAAUAUUGGCUCGGGAAAAUCGACAUUUCUCAAUUCAUUCGGAAAUUUGUCUGAUAUUACCAUUAUGCCUGAACCUGUACAUCGAUGGACCAAUCUUGGUGGAAAACACAAUCUACUUGAACUGAUUUACAAAGACCCACUCAGAUGGAACAUGGCCUUUCAAAGCUACGUUCAACUCACAAGAUUACAGAUGCACACUAAAAAGGUUCCAACGACGUUUAAGCUUAUGGAGAGAUCACUGUACAGUGCGCGGUAUUGCUUUGUGCAAAACUAUAUUAAUACCAACAUGAUGACAGAUUGCGAGCGCAUCAUUUGUAACGAAUGGCUCGAGUUUAUCUGCGCGACGCAGGACGUCAGUGUAGACCUCGUCGUAUAUCUGCGCACCAAUCCGGAGGUAGCCCUCGAGAGGAUCCGAACGCGCAAUCGGAAUGAAGAAGCAGCCGUUCCUUUGGAAUAUCUUCAGGCUCUUCAUGUUCUUCACGAUGAUUGGCUUCGGGGGACAUCACAGUUUAAGCUUCCUGCCCCUGUUGUAGUAAGCACUAAGAACUGGACGCUAACAGAUCCGUGGAAGAGGUGCGAGCUGAUUUCAAGAGCUACGUUCUACGGAACAUGACUCAAAUGUGUUACCUAGCCAAUGAUGAAGUUUAGCUUGGGCAAACGACAUCGGCUGGCCGGCCUGUUUAAAAACUCCUAGCCUAAGAUAGUCAAGGGCUAGUGUCUCCUGCCUCAUAACUCUGCAACCUUGUUUCAGUCUAAACUGGAAUCUUAGCUUUUAAGAAACCUAAACAUAGUCUAAAUGCAAUAAACAAAUAUGUGAGUGCUUAUAAAUGUAUCGUACAAUAAACUAAUGUAACAACA